UAGGGUCAACGCUCUGAAGUCAGCCCCCUGGCUUUUGCCAAGACCUGCCUCUGCACAGCUCUGAGUGGACAGCUGGAGGCUGCAGCUGGAGGCCUGGGCCCCGAUGGAGCCCCGGCUGGGGCCGGGGGCGGCUGCCCUCCGCCUGGGCUGGCCGGCUCAGCUGCUCUGGGUCUCAGCCCUGAGCUCUGCUGUCUCCUCGCCGGCUCCUCCUUCUCCUAGAACCAGCUACAGCUUGGGAAGGACUGUCGUCGGCCUUGAUAAAUGCAAUGCCUGCAUUGGAACAUCUAUUUGCAAGAAGUUUUUUAAAGAAGAAAUAAGGUUUGACAGCUGGCUGGCCACCCACGUCGACCUGCCUCUGGGCUACUUGCCUUCGUACCCUGCAAAUUACUCAGAUGAUUCCAAAACCUGGCGCCCCGUGGAGAUAUCGAGGCUGGUCAGCAAACACCAGCAUGACGUCUCAGACAGGAGAAUCUGCGCCUCUGCCGCAGCCCCAAAGACCUGCAGCAUCGAGCGUGUCCUGAGGAAAACAGGAAGGUUCCAGAAAUGGCUGCAGGCCAAGCGCCUCACGCCCGAUCUGGUGCAGGUUGUAGGAUGUGUAACAGUUCAUGCUUCUCUUCUAGGCAGCCAAGCAGCCGCCAGGGCAGCAGAGAACAAAGACAUCUUCAGCUGCCUGGUCACCGGCUGCCAGGCCGAGCUGCCCUCCUGUGACUCCAUCCCCGAGAAGCAGAGCCUGGUGCUGGUGUGUCGGCAGGUCCUGCCUCAGCUGCUCCAGGGGAAGUUCCCCUCUCCGGUGCAGGAGCAGAUCGACGUCCUCCUGGCCAAGUGUGGGGAGGGCGCCCGCCCAGACCCCGAAGUCCUGGAGGCCGCCAGCCAGCUGAAGAGCAUCUUGAGACCCCUGAGAACCUGUGACCCCAGAUUCGCCUACCGCUACCCAGACUGCAGGUAUAAUGACAAGUUCUGAGGGGCUGGAGCCUGGCUGGCCUCCAGGGACCACAUGCCCCGCUCUCCAUUCCCAGGCACUGAGGAACAUUCCAGCAACCGGAGGGCGGCUGUGCGGCACUGGCACUGGCCUCGUUGGCUGGAACAUCACAAAAGAGCCAGGGUUGGCCAUCAGAAGAUCCAGAUGUGGCCCUUGCCAGUUUGGCUCAGUGGAUAGAGCAUCGGCCUGCGGACCGAAGGGUCCCAGGUUCAAUUCCG